CUGCCCAGUCUUUGUAAGGCUGCCCUUUCAAAUAAGUCUUUGCAGCGCGGCGUUUCGUUACCGCGCCGUCCAUUUGAUAAACCCGCGUAUAUCUUGCACAAUUGCCGAAUUCUGAGUAACUAGCAAUAAAUUUAUUUCAUCAGUUGCCCAUUGUCAGGAGCAGCAGCGAAAUGUCAAACGAGGAGCAGGAAGAGGAACUGUGCGCACUGGAGUCAAUUUACGGAUCAGAAGUGGUCCAUGUCUCUCGCGAGGAGUCGCUGGUCGAGGUCUGCGUCGCCCAUCCCCAAGGGGGGACACAAGAAGUGGUGCUGCGUGCAUCCCUACCCUCAGACUACCCGGCCUCCUCGCCGCCAAUAGCGGAGCUGUUCGGUAGCCACCUGUCUGACGACCUGUUGGGCUGGGCGGCCCGGCAGAUGGAAACAAUGUUCACGCCCGGCGAGGUGGUUCUGUACCAGUUCGUGGAGUGGCUGAAGGAGCAGGAGCUGUUGUGGAGCGUGCCUGUGGGGCCGGGUGGCGCAGGUGGCGGCAAGGGGCAAGCGGACGCCUCAGCCGAGGAGGGCGGCGAGGGCGGCGGCGGCGGCACGUCGCGGCGAGCGGCAGCCGUCCAGGAGGCGGUGCGUGAGGCCGAGGUGGUGGAGCUGCUGCGUGCGCUCCGGGUGACCAGCGGGGAGCCCCACGUGGAGAAGAAGUCCACAUUCCAGGCGCAUGUGGCGCCUGUCAAGUCGUUUGAGGAGGUGGCGGCGGUGAUGGAUGCUUUGAUGUCCAUCUCCAAGAUUCGUGCCGCCACACACAACAUCAUGGCGUACCGGAUACACAACCCGCCCACCGCCGCCGCCACGGCGGCGGGCGGCGGCGGCGGCGCGGGCUCCUUCGUGCAGGACUAUGAUGAUGACGGCGAGACGGCGGCGGGCGGGCGGCUGCUGCACCUGCUGCAGGCGGCGGAUGUUCGCAACGUGGUGGUGGUGGUGUCGCGCUGGUUUGGCGGCGUGCUUAUGGGGCCGGGCCGCUUCACGGCUAUCAACAACACCGCGCGCGUCUUGCUGGAGCAGAUGGGGCUGGUGGCGGCGCCAGGGGGGGCAGCGGGAGGAGGGGGCGGCGGCAAGGGCCGCGGGGGGAGACACUGAGCCUUCCGCCGGUGCUUGGGGCCGUGGAGUGGCAGAAGGACGGAGUGGCAGGGCCGUACGUGCUUCCCUGGCGCAGUAGGUGGCAGUAAGCCUGCAAGUGUAGCAGAAGCAUUCAGCGGGGACCUUGGGCAGCCGUGGCGUUGACAUGGCGCACUGGGCGGGGCGGGGUUGAGACCUUGAUUGGAGGUAUGCACUACGGUGGGGAGGCGAACAGUUCUGAGGUGGACGAAUGCGCAUGAAGAGUACGAGCCUCAGGCACGGUGCGGUAGCCGGGAGGAUGCGGGAGCGUGUGUAGAGAAGUGUAGGAGCCUGCCGAAGUGCGAGAGGUGCUUGAAUGCUGGAUGGUGGCGGUGAGCAUGCAAAACGCAUGGUGGCUGGGGAGUGACGCUGUUGUAUAAUUGCGCUGUCAUCAUCAUGCUCCGGGAGCCCGGCCAAGCGAAGCCCACCGAGAUGUUUUGAAA